CAAACGUAUCUUUGGUGCCCAAUCGCUCGGCUGCAUCUACAACCUAGGCAUGUGUGCGCUGCACAUAUCUUUCCGUUCAAUACCAGGGAGAGCAGUGCCGAAUAUAUCUUCGACCCGUCAGAUGCUUUGGUACAAGAUAACCACUUGAUGGACCCGCGAAACAAGCUACUGAUUUCGAAGGAAUUUGAAGAAUUACUCGGCUCGGCUCAAAUCGCAACUGUCCCAGCUGAUAAUGGGAGUAUUGACCCUGAAACCGGGAAACAGGUGAUCUUGGAUGAGGCUUCCGGGGGAAUGGUUCUCAAAGUGGUUGUCCUUGAUAUGUCCUUCACCGGCCUUCCUACCUUACCGAGGGGAAACGUCCUAAAUAAAAAUCUUGACGGAAGGAUCCUCGAAUUCCAGAACGACUUCCGUCCAUGGAUGAGAUACCUCCGGUAUCUCGCAUUGAGCAAUAUCGCACGGCGUCUACGACUUGAUGUCCCGACUGGAGGAAUGUUCGGGCUCGCCUGGGCACAAAGAUGUGGGGCUCACCUGGAGAAUGGGUAA